GCAGCUACGCCAUCAGAAUGCACUACCGGGUUCCCACGAUCUCUUGCGCGGCGGCGGUCACGCUCCUUGUUCUUGUGACAUCUGGAGGGGCGACGAGAGAUCGAAGGCAAGCCAGGUGCAGUGCCGGGGCACCAUGCGUCCUCGUCGACUCCUGCCCCCCUGUGAAAGCGCUCUUCCUGUCUCCCAACGCAGGCGACAAGCAUAGGGCCCAGCAACUGAUUUGUGGAAGAGAGGGCAGACGUCUUAAGGUAUGUUGUGGCUCCUCAAACGUGACGCCAACGCCAAGACCCAUAGAUGUAACUCCCACCAGCAACCCCGGGGGGAACGGGAACGGACAGCUAUUGCCCUCAAACUGCGGACAGACCUCUAACUUGAAUAAAAUAUUCGGUGGCGAAGCUACUGGUGUUGGCGAAUUUCCUUGGAUGGCUGUUUUGGGGUAUAAAGCUCCAGGUAGCAGUGGCUCUCUGGACUGGGAGUGUGGAGGAGCUCUCAUCAACGACCGUUACGUCCUGACAGCUGCUCACUGCGGCGAUCCAGAUUUUCUGUUUGGCUCUAUUCUGACUGCAAUCCGUCUCGGCGAAUACGACUUCUCCAAGAGCAAGGACUGCAACUCAGCUGCAGACUUCUGCUUGCCCCCUGUGCAAGACUUCACGCCUGAGCAAGUCGUCCUCCAUCCUUCCUUCAACAAGCGUGCCCCCGAGAGUGACGAUAUUGCGCUCAUCAGACUGAACAGGAGGGUGCAACUGAACGCUGGCGUACACCCGAUCUGCCUCCCUGCCGCUGGCUUAAACGUCGGCUCCUUCCUUAACGGCAGAGACGCUAUCGUGAUUGGCUGGGGACAUACAGAGAGGGGCACAAAUACCCAGGUGCUGCAGAAAGUCUCGCUGCCUUUCGUUGAUCUCGGCACCUGCAAAAGAAUUCACGCAGGAGAAACACUGGUUAACGAACAGGUGUGUUUCGGCGGAAGGGCGGGACAAGACUCAUGCAAUGGUGACUCCGGUGGCCCUCUCUUCUUGAACGCUGUCCCUGGCACCAUCCUGGGCAUCGUGUCGAAGGGCGGGGCGUGUGGGAGUCCCGGCGUGCCUGCGAUCUACACCGACGUCGCCUCCUACAGGGGCUGGAUCGUGCAGAAUCUCAAACCUUAGGGCCAAAGUCGCUUAUUUUUCCUACGGCCUGUGGUGUAGGCGACUUACAAAGCUUCUUUUCAUUGUUGAUUUAUUGUUGAUGUUAAAUGUUGGAUUUUUUGUAUUAUUAUUUUAUUUUAUUGUUCUCGAGUUUAAACAGCUACAGGAGAUUAGUUGAACAUGUCUUUUGUUAUUCUUUUAUUUCAUUUAUUGUUAUCUGUAUGAUACUUGAAGUGUCCGAAUGAAAGAGCUUUAUAUAAUGUGGGCAAUGAAAUGCAUAGAAACAACUGUUAUCUUGUGAUUGAUGUCUUUUGAUCAAUUUAUCGUAAUCAGGCCUAUCUAGUUAUCUGUUUACUUAUCAAUUUUCAGACGUUUUAAGCAUCCAUGUUUUUUUUUCUCCAGAAAUGUGAUCUAAAUAAAAAACAGAUAGUUUUG